AUGAAAAUUUUAAAGGCUAUUCCUCCGAUUAAUUUUCUCGAUUCAUCCCUAAUUGAAAGUAACCAUGCGGUUGAAUCAAACAGGAGUUACUUUAGAUGCACUCGCAAGUAUGAUCAAGGUUGUCAAGCCACCAAACAAGUCCAAAGAAUGGAAGAUGGUUCCCAAAUGUAUCGGACCACUUAUAUCGGAUCCCACACCUGUAUGAGCUACUCAUCCAAGACUCCUCCCCUAAUCAUCACAAAUUCUGAAUGUUGGGAAACCGGUACGGUCGAUAACAGCGACUCCGAAAUCCUGAUCAAACACCAGCACCAUCAGCAUUCAGAUCCGAGUCCGACGUCUCUGGCUGUAAAGAAGGAAACGGAGGAGGAGACAUCAACGACGCCUAGUGAUGUUACGGACUUGGAUUGUAUGAUGUGGAAGGAUAUAAUGGGGGAUGAUGAGUUUGAAUAUUGCUCGGAGCCUGCUGAGAUGGUAUCUAAAAUGUAUCCGUCAUGCACGGAAAUGAGUUGUCGGAAUUUUGAACUGGACUUUGGAAUUAAGCCUCUAGAGUUUGAAUUUUGA